AAAAUGGCAAUUAACGACAGUUAACAGCAGUUAAGUUGCUGUGCCAGUAAGGGCUAAAUUGCUUCUAUGGUAGAGUUCAGGGGUUUAUAUGCAUCAAUUAAAGUCUGGGGGCUUAAUAGCGAUUCUGGUAUUAGUUCAGGGGCUUUACUUAUGGUUUUGCCAUGAAUCUAGUGACAAUGAUGAUGAUGAUGAUGAUGAUGAUGAUGAUGAUGAUGAUGAUGAUGAUGAUUAUGAUGAUAAUGAUAGAUUACAAAUUGCAAGACCUUCUUUCGUUGCGAAUUUAAUCGAACGAAUUUCGUGCGAGCUCCCCCAAGACGUUCGACCUCUCGCCCGAUCUUUUUUUCUGUUUUAGAAAAUUAUAAAAUUACAUAUCAAAAAUUCCUCUAAAUUAAAUAGAUCCCUUCCUUAAGAGGUAAGCUAACCACCAAAACAGUUGUUGUUAGUUUCUAUCUUUUUACACACCAUUUUUAGGCGCAGGCUUUUCACUCUCGCUCAGAAUCAGAAUGAAUCACUGCCCUCAAA